AUGGGCACCAAGAUGGAUUUCCAACACUUUGCACCGCAGAUCGACAAGAUCUCCAAGGCGACACCGAGCCAAAUGGCUUCUAAUGCUCUCUGGAAUGUUGUCCGCGAUAACUUCUCCAUCUCAACCUGGAUGGCCAUUGGAGCCGUUCUCCAGGGUCUCUUAGUUUUGUUCGCUCGACCUACUCUCGCAAUCGCACCGUCAGUACUCGUCUUGCUUUAUCGAUUCUCCCACACGAUGCUCAUGCACUACGGCUUUGUUCGCAACACGCAGAUGGAAGAUGCCAUCAUGGGAAAGUAUACUGUGCAGAUCCCCGACAAGGACGGUAAACAGCCAAGUGAGCCGUCGGAGACAGGCAUGGCCAUCAUCAUGCUGGGCAUGAGAAACAAUUCCGCGCUCGGUAUGUUUGGAUCAGGCGCGCGGGAUGCCUUCCUCACGUUUGGGGAGAUGUUGAAGGAUCUUGAGAAUGAUCCUGACUCCGGCUUUCUUGGUAUGUGUGGGUAUAGAGCUGCCAAUGAGCGAGCGACGUCCAAUGGUUCCAUGUCGGUUCUCUAUUUCCGUAGCGUAGAGGAUAUCAAUCGAUUCGCUCACGCUCCACUUCAUCGUAAGGCCUGGGAUUGGUUUGUCGAAUUGAGCAAGACGCAUAAGCAUUUGAGUAUCAUGCACGAAGUGUAUUCAGCGCCAAAGAAGAACUGGGAGAACAUCUUCAUCAAUUACCACCUCACAGGCAUCGUAGGGAAAAUUCUGAAACCCGUCAUCAUCAAUGGAAAAGAGUAUACGCCUAUUGCCAAUGCCCAACGUGGGCCAUUAAGCACGCACAAUGGACGAAUCGGCAAUUCGAGAUCAGGUGCUGAUGAUAAAGAUUAUCUUAUGAAUGCUCAAGAGUGA